UGCAGGCGCUGAGAGCAGAGACCGGCGCGGGGUCCCCGGAGCCGGCUCGCCGCCCGCCGGGGGCUGGUAUGUGGUAGGGCAGGGCCAUGUAUUGGAAGAGUGACACGAUGUUCGUCUGCAGGCUGGAGGACAAGGACUUGCCCGCGCUCGGGGGCCCGGCCGAGAAGGCCAGCCCCGCAGCAGCUGACGAAGACUCCUGCUCUUCCUCCGCUGCCCUGUCGCCCUCCUCAUCGCCGCGGUCCAUGGCCUCAGGCUCGGGCUGCGCCCCCGGCAAGUGCGUGUGCAGCAGCUGCGGCCUGGAGAUUGUGGACAAGUACCUGCUCAAGGUAAAUGACCUCUGCUGGCAUGUGCGUUGCCUCUCAUGCAGUGUUUGCAGAACAUCCCUGGGAAGGCACACCAGCUGCUACAUCAAAGAUAAAGAUAUCUUCUGCAAACUUGAUUAUUUCAGGCGCUACGGCACCCGCUGCUCCCGCUGCGGGCGGCACAUCCACUCCACCGACUGGGUGCGGCGGGCUAAAGGGAACGUGUACCACCUGGCCUGCUUCGCGUGCUUCUCCUGCAAGAGACAGCUCUCCACUGGAGAGGAGUUUGCUUUGGUCGAGGAGAAAGUCCUUUGCAGAGUCCAUUACGACUGCAUGUUGGACAAUUUGAAAAGAGAAGUUGAAAAUGGAAAUGGGAUUAGUGUGGAAGGAGCAUUACUAACAGAACAAGAUGUUAAUCAUCCAAAACCAGCAAAAAGAGCUCGGACCAGCUUCACAGCAGAUCAACUCCAGGUUAUGCAAGCACAGUUUGCUCAGGACAACAAUCCAGAUGCACAAACACUUCAGAAACUGGCAGAAAGAACAGGCUUGAGUAGGCGGGUUAUACAGGUGUGGUUUCAGAAUUGCAGAGCACGCCAUAAGAAACAUGUUAGUCCUAAUCAUUCAUCUACUGCUCCUGUCACAGCAGUUCAGCCCUCCAGGUUGUCUCCACCCAUGUUAGAAGAAAUGGCAUACUCUGCAUAUGUACCCCAGGAUGGGACUAUGCUCACUGCUCUGCACAGCUACAUGGAUGCUCAUUCACCUACAGCUCUUGGACUUCAGCCUUUGCUACCCCAUUCAAUGACACAACUGCCACUAAGUCACACCUAAUUCCUUUCCGUCAGGGAUCUAAACUAUUAAAGAUGUAACCUUAAGUCAUAGUGUAUUGAAAAUAUCAUUGGAAAGAUAUUAAUGUUAAGUUUUUAUUUAACACGCCAAGCAUUUUCAAGAAAAUUUUUGCCCAGGUAUGUACGUCUAUUUAGCCUGCAAGACACUUUUAUGGAUUCUGCAUAAGUAACUAUUACAUUGUUUACAAGCCUUAUUAAACACCUGUUUGUAUUGUCUGGAAGUAGUCUGCUCUAGUUAUGUGUGUGUUAAUUUAUUUGUCAUCAAAAGAGCACUUUGCCUAAAAGAAAGGACUGACAAUUGUGCAAAAUGUUUACAAUUCUUUGUGAAAUUGUAGUUUAUCAUUAGUUUGUAUUUGUAAGUUAUUGGUAAAAGUAUUACCUGUAUUUGAGUUGUAUACAACCUAUAUGUUAAAGCUUAUUUCUGUGAGUUUACAAAAAUAAAUUUUAGUUGCAAAUAUUUUCAAAAAGAACUGAAUAAAGUUUCUGCUGUAGCAUGCCAAGCAAAAA